AAUCAGUUGUUCGUUUCACAGUGUGUAGAAGAGUACUUCGUAACUUUAAUUUGCAUAUUGUCACAUCCUAAUAGAAGUUAUCGCCUGCAAAAAUGUAUCGCAGCAAAGCGCAUAUCUAUCUGGCAGUAAUUUUGGGAAUAUUGUGCCAAAAUACCAAUGCCCAAUUCGAUCCGAACUAUGUGGACGGAAAGACUACUAUGGUACAUCUUUUCGAAUGGAAGUGGGAUGAUAUCGCUGUAGAAUGUGAAAACUUCCUGGGUCCCAAAGGUUAUGGAGGUGUUCAGGUUUCGCCAGUAAACGAGAAUGUCGUUGUGUCCAAUCGUCCGUGGUGGGAACGUUACCAACCCAUCUCAUACCUGCUGACCACACGUUCGGGCAACGAACAACAAUUCGCGGAUAUGGUGAGACGCUGUAACAAUGCCGGUGUUCGAAUCUUUGUAGAUGUCGUAUUCAAUCACAUGUCCGGCGAUAAUGUUGAUGAGCGCGGCACAGGUGGCUCUACGGCCGAUCCGAGUAACAAAAGUUUUCCAGCUGUGCCGUAUUCGAGCACAGAUUUCCACGACACUUGCACUAUUAACGACUACAAUAAUAAGUAUGAGGUGCGUAACUGUGAACUCUCCGGUUUGAAGGACUUGGAUCAAAGCAAAUCAUGGGUACAAGAUCGUGUAGUCGACUUUCUCAACAAACUUGUUGGCCUGGGUGUGGCUGGUUUCCGUGUCGACGCUGCCAAGCAUAUGUGGCCGACCGAUCUCGAGGUAAUCUACAAUCGUGUUAGCAAUUUAAGCGUUGAUCACGGUUUUCCCACCGGUACGCGCCCUUUCAUAUUCCAAGAAGUUAUAGAUUUGGGUGGUGAGGCUGUAUCCAAAAAUGAAUACACACACAUGGGUGUGGUCACUGAAUUCGCACACUCUAACUCGAUUGGCAGAGUAUUCCGUGGCAAGGAUCAAUUGCGUUGGCUAGUGAACUGGGGUCCAGAGUGGAAUUUCCUUAACUCAGACCGUGCACUGAUUUUCGUAGACAAUCACGACAAUCAACGUGGACAUGGCGCUGGUGGUGCAGAUAUCCUCAACUAUAAGACAUCGAAGCAAUAUAAAAUGGCCAGCGCUUUCAUGUUGGCUCAUCCAUACGGUAUUACGCGUGUCAUGUCGUCGUUUGCAUUCGACAACACCGAUCAAGGUCCACCAACAACGGACGGUAAUAGCAUUGCCAGUCCUAUAUUCAAUGCUGAUAAUUCCUGUAGCGGUGGUUGGGUAUGUGAACAUCGUUGGCGUCAAAUUUACAACAUGGUUGGCUUCAGGAACAUCGUGGCUGGCACAAAUUUGCAAAACUGGUGGGAUAAUGCCAGCAACCAGAUCGCCUUCUGUCGCGGCAACAAAGGUUUCGUGGCAAUUAAUGGCGAUGCUGCUGAUCUUAACACUUCGCUACAGACCUGUCUGCCGGCGGGCACUUACUGUGACAUCAUCUCCGGCGACAAAGCAGGCUCUAGUUGCUCUGGCAAGCGUGUGAUCGUCGGCUCAGAUGGACGCGCUAAUAUUUCUAUUGGUCAAAAUGAAGAAGACGGCAUGCUAGCCAUACAUAUUGAGUCCAAAUUAUGAACAGGUGCUAAUUUGAUCAUAUUAACGAAAUUAUUACUCGAAAUUUAGAAUAAUAAAAGGUUGAAAUUUGUUUUAUGUACUACUUUUA